CGCACCAGCAGAAGCCAGACAUCCCAUCACACAGAGCGAAUAUGGCGGGCGCCUCCGACCCUCUGGAAGACAUGCUCUUCUCCGAGGUGGACGAAAAAGCCGUGAGCGACCUAGUGGGCUCCCUGGAGUCUCAGCUGGUGGGCCAGAACGAUGCGGCCACUGCACAGCCCGAAAACACUCACCCGGGCUGCGCAAACACACACCCGGGCAUCGCAAAGCAGCAGGCGGGAGGAAGAGCGCAGCUGCCAGCCAGUGUAGACAGUCCAUCAGAACCAACACAACAACAACAACAACCACAGCAGCAGCAGCACGGGCGUAAAGCUGCGGGCAACUCGGAUUCUCUCCUGAAAGAAGCCAGUAAGGAUAAACAAACGAAAGCCCUGGAGAAGGAGAACACCCUGAGAUCACAUGGCAACAUCGUUAUCAUAACCACAGCAUCUGAUGGGGCACCGCCGGGAAACAAAGGUGAGAGCCAGAGGGACACCCGUAAGAAACACCCGGUUAAUACGCGCUCCCUGAGGGGCGCAGCAUCACCCAGUCUCAAUGGCAACGGAGGAGCCGCAGCAUCAGCAGCAGCAUCACCUACUACAUCCAACUCUCCUCCUGGUACCGUAACCACCGCCGUGACCCUGCCGUUCCCGAACAGCACGACUUUCACCGUGUCUAGUAACCCGCAGUCGAUCGCGCUGGACCGCGGAACGCCCACCAUCGCGCUGCAGCGACUCCCGCGUCACAUCAUCGCCAGCAUCGCGCAGAACGGCAACGGCACCUCCGUGUCCGCGCUGGUCCAGCAGGCAGCCCGGAUAGGAGAGGCGGACGCGCAGGUAAACCACAGUAAGCCCGCAGACGUGAAACCAGCGGUGAAUUCGGUGUCCAGUCCCGCGACGACUUCGGUGACUUCUUCUCCUGUCAAACCCGCAGUCAGUGUCAGUGCGGCUCCAGUGAGCCCGGUGAUAAGACCCGUGCAGACGCAAACGCAGACACGUCCCGCUACACCUGCGCAACAGAGGGUCGUCACGCCGCAGCUGAUUGUCAGACCACCACAACAACAAACUACUAUUCAGCUGCCACCUGGAUUCACCAUCCCACCAGGUAUGGUUCUGGUGCGAACAGAGAUGGGUCAGCUGGUGAUGGUUCCUCAGCAGGCUUUGGCUCAAGCUCAGGCCCAGAACAGCAUCUCACCGCGGCCCUCCACACCCACCACCGGUACCACCUUCAGGGUCACGACCCCACAGUCUCCUGUAAGCGCUCAGGCGAUUCGGCCCGCUCCCGUGGCACAGACUAAACCGGUCCUGUCCAGUUCUCCCAAUGCCGCAGCCCAGACCAGCACAGCAACCGGCCCCACUAAGGCCCCCGUAGCAGCCGCCGUGGCAAUGACAGCUCCCCAGCAGGUCCAGCCAGCCUUGGGCCCCCAGGGGCCCCUCACUCAGAUGCCACUGGCCCCGCAGAGUGCAGCCACUCCGGUCCCUGGAGCCCUGGUCGUCUCCCAGGAGAUGCAGGAGAACGUGAAGAAGUGUAAGAACUUCCUAGCAACGCUGAUCAAGCUGGCAUCCCAUAAUUCCCCUUCGCCAGAGACAUCUCGAAACGUGAAAGCGCUGGUGCAGGAUCUACUGGAUGCAAAAAUUGACCCAGAGGAGUUUACCAGCCGACUUCAAUCCGAGCUGAAAUCGUCUCCGCAGCCUUAUCUGGUCCCUUUCCUGAAGAAAAGUCUGCCGGCAUUGCGUUUGUCUCUACUGAACAGUCAACAGUUGCUCACGCAACCUCUACAGCCAAACAAAACCAGCAUCUCACCAGUCCAGACUGGCGUCAGCGUACGGCCACAUCAACCCAACAGCACUACUGUACUGCCUCAAGGCAUUAAGAGGGCAGCGGGCCCUGGGGGUCAGAUACGUAUGCCCGUGGUCAUCACACAAACGGUGCGAGCGGCAGGUACUUUAGGAAAACCAGCAGCCAUCCAGACAUGCAAAAGCCCCGUGGGAGUCACAAUCCAGCUCUCAGGAAACCAGAAAAACAAGCUGAAUGACCCGGGGGGCAGCUCGUUCAGGGACGAUGAUGACAUCAACGAUGUGGCGUCUAUGGCUGGGGUCAACCUCAAUGAAGAGAGUGCUCGUAUCCUAGCAACCAACUCCGAGUUGGUGGGCACACAGAUCCGCUCCUGUAAAGACGAGGCAUUCCUACCUACCGGCCUGUUACAUCGACGCAUACUAGAAACAGCCAAGAAGUUUGGAGUGACAGAAGUUCCACUGGACGCUGUAAACUUCAUUUCUCACGCCACCCAGUCCAGAUUACGAACUGUAGUGGAGAAAGUUUCGUCCAUCGCCCAGCACAGAAUGGACUCGUCUAAGGAGGACGAGUGGUACGAACAGUCGUCUGAUGUUCGUUCGCAGCUGAAGUUUUUUGAAUAUUUGGAACGGAUGGAGAAACAGCGGAAAGACGAACGAGAGCGAGAGAUUCUCCUCAGAGCAGCGAAGAGUCGCUCACGGCAGGAAGACCCAGAGCAGGCCCGUUUGAAGCAGAAAGCAAAAGAGAUGCAGCAACAGGAACUAGCCCAAAUGAGACAACGAGACGCCAACCUGACGGCACUCGCCGCCAUUGGUCCGCGGAAAAAACGCAAGGUGGACUCACCUGGAGCUACAACGACAGGCACUGAGGUGUUGGGGAGUUCGGCAGUAUCUCCAUCUGGAACAUCCACCCCUCCCAGCUCGUCGCGGCAGUAUUCCCGCCAGAGAAUAACGCGCAUCAACCUCAGGGACUUCAUCUUCUACAUGGAGCAGGAGAGAGAGACCAGCCGAUCUCUCUUACUGUACCGCGCUCUUCUUAAGUAGCUAACGCUAACCAAACUGUCAACACUACACAGGAAACAGCAGCCAAACGAGCCGAGCAAACGACUUCCUCCUCAGCCCUGCGACGUGCCUUCAACCUCAUUAAUCGUCUGUGUGUCUGUGACGUUUCGAUGUCAGAUAGUUACUUUUGGUAAAAAACAAAACAAAACCCAUUGAGAAAAAAGAAAGAAAAGAAGCUAAGAUGUACUUCAUGUUUCUUCUGUUUUUCCUCACCAUUAUUCAUUGAUUACAUUAAUUGUAUUUAUGAUAGCUAAUUUUAAAGCUAUGUAAUCUCUGGCUUUGAGCCAAGGAACUGUUUUUGUUGACGUACGUUUGUUUUUUGUGUGCGAAUGGAUCUCAGAUCUAUUUCUCAUAUUUGGAGACGCUGUAUAUUCUACACAGAGUGCUUACAUUGAACGAUCUUUAGGACAAAAUGGCUUGAAGUGAGCAAUGUAUUAUUUUUAUUAAUUUUUUAAAAAGGAAUUGUUCACCCAGAAAUGAAAAUUCUUUCAUUUACUCAAUCCCAUGUCGUUCCACACACCGCAACCUUUAAUACCCAACCUUAACCUGUAUGCUGUUGUGAAUUCAAGUAUUACAAAAUGGCUUUUCACAUUUGGUUCUUAUACUAAGAUAUGCUAAACUAUACUAUACUAUACUAAAUGUGCGAACCAAUGCCGUUUUGGCAUCAAUAAAAUGUACACACCAUUUUUGAAUCCGAACCUGGAUACAAAGCUAUCCUAUGUCCUUAGAAGACUCAGUAUAUUGCGCUCAAGUUGUUUAUGUAAUUUUUAGAGCUGUUGGAAUUACCGCGUUAACGUAUGUAAAUUGUUCUGUCGCAAUUAACACAUUUACCUAUUUUCACAUUUUAUGUAUUCCAACACUGGUUGGAAAUUAAAUAUAUGAAAAAUCGUGCUAGGCUUUGAAAAAUCUGGUGAUUAAUCUCAAUUAAAUAAUUGAAUCGACUGAUAGGACUGUUGUGUUUCAUGGUAAAAACAACAGCAUACAGUGUUUCGAAGGACACGAGAGUGCGUAAAUAAUACAAGAAUAUUCAUUUUGUUGUGAACGGUUCCUUUCAAUAAUAGUUGGUCUUUAAACUUUAUGCUGAACACUUUUCCCAAAUGUAAUCAUCAGUGUACAACCAAUUCACAGUAUUUAAAAAACCCAUACAAAAUUGAAUUUAUUGACUUAAAAAAAUCUUUUAAGAAAGUACUUUUCAAAAUCUUUAUUAGCGAGACUUAAAUGUAAAUAGUUUUUUUUUUUUUAAAGAGUUGUGUUUUUAACAGCAUGUAUCAAUGAUUUCCACAAGAAAUGGUGUUUUAAAAUCAUGUCAAUAUGAAAUAUUCCUUAAAACCUAAGACCAUUUGAAUAUCACGAUGCUUCAAAAUUUGAUCGUGUUUUGUGUACAUUUAAUACUGUAUGCAUCCAUGCGAAGCACUCAUCUCCUGUUUUCCCAAAAAAACAGGCCAGCAUUAAUCCAAGAUAGAGCAAUACGACACCCAAACACAAUACAUGCCACUUUCAGUUUGAUGUUCCCGUGUCCGAACAUUAAAGACAAAAUGAAAUGCCAUUCGCAGAUAGGAAAAUGUAUUAAGAAAAUGCAUAGGAUCAAUUUUGAUUUCAUGUUCACUUAAAGGUAUAGUUUACCCAAAAAUGAAAAUUCUCUCAUCAUUUACUCACCCUCAUGCCAUCCCAGAUGUGUAUGACUUU